AUGGAUCUGAGAGGCCUCGGAACAGACCGCCAUACCUCAAAUGGUCAAAAUAUCUUCCAACAGCCUGGACAAGCCGCUGUUGUCGAUGAUAAGAUUACUCGUAAAGAGAACGCCAAUCUAAAGGGAUAUCAGGAAGCUAUUCGUGCCCAAAUAUCCGUGGAUGAUUCCGAUUUGCCUCUUCGACCAGGAUAUGGAGACAAAGGUGCCCCAAUUACAGUCCUAGCCAAUUAUCUCGUGGUGUCUGUGACCGAUGCCCAGCAGUUUUUCACAUAUGAGGCUAGUACUGAUGAACGCCUGCACAACAAACGUCAGCGCUAUCAAUUCAUGGCUACGGCUUUGAAGAAUGUCCCAGAGUUGAGUGAUCUAGGCCAAGGGAUUGCCACCGACUAUGCGUCACUUGUUGUUACAUCGGCGAAGCUUGCGCUAGGGUCUAGCGAGACCAGAACAUUCGCCAUAGAGUACUACGAUACAGAGUUCCCAAAGGGUCGCGUGUAUGCCAAGGACAGACCUUUCAAGCUCACAAUAUCGCUUGCCGGAAGUAUAUCCUCGGAUGAUUUAUCGCACUACAUGAUGUCCGGCCCUGCUGACUCUAUCGACUCCGCCGACCCAGGUCCAGUAGACAUGAAGCCUGUGCAAACGUUGAAUGUUAUCAUGGCAAGCCACCCGAACAAAGAUCCCGGCGUUUACCAGGGGGGCCAAAACAAGUUCUUUCGCUUUCCUACCGACCAAGAUACAGUCAACAACUACGACCUUCUGGGCGGCUUGAUCGCCGUCCGCGGGUAUUAUUCCAGUACUCGGUUCUCUACUUCAAGAACUCUCCUCAAUCUCAAUGCUCAGUGCAGCCCCUUCUACAAAUCGAUCAACGCACGCGAGCUGAUUCAACUUUUUCAAAAGUUGAUUCCUGGUGAUUGGCGAGCUUUGGAACGUUUCUUAGGGAAAUUGCGGGUCGAAACGUCAUACAUGAAAGCGCCGGACGGGGCUCCGAGUUCGAAAGUGAGAACCAUUGUCGGUCUGUCGCACAAGACGGUACUUGAUGAUGGGAGCGAGAAGAUCAGCCUUGGAGAUUCGAACGAGAUCAAGUUCAAGCGCUUCGGACGCCCAGCAGAGAUAAGUGUAAAAGACCAUCCCACGGCUUAUGUCUUGAAUUGCGGAACGAGGGACCAUCCCGUAUGGAUACCUCCUGAGCUUUGCACAGUCAUGCCAGGGCAGCCGUACCGUGGGCAAUUGAACGAUGUUCAACUCGCCAGAAUGAUCACCAUUGCGGCGCGUCCGCCUGCUGAAAACGCUUCACGUAUUAUGGCGGAAGACGGAGGUCUCGGUCUAUUGGGGGUGCUCCCAAGCACGUGUGAGAACUUGGCUGCUUUUGGGGUGACAGUCAACCCCAAGAUGAUUGCGGUGCCUGGACGAGUGCUCACAGCUCCGAGAGUCAUGUAUUCUGGGAACAGUACGGCUAGGAUUGCAUGUGGUUCCUGGAAUAUGAAGGACAAGACAGUAUGGAAACCUGCGACUCUUGCAGACUGGACAAUGCUCAGGAUCGGUGCCGCAGCCGACAUUGACCCGACGGUAUUCGAGCAACAAUGCAAAGCCUUGACAGCUGGUCUCAGGUCAUGUGGUAUGAAGGUCAAUGCACCACUGGUUUUUCCCGGACCAGCUGUUCCAGCAUUCAAUACGAUCUUGGACAAAGAUACCGUCGAUUUGAAGCUCCGGGAAACCUUUGAAAAGUGCAGAGCUAGAAAGAUCUCUGUGCUCCUAGUCGUUCUACCGUCGACUGCCCCUUGGGUUCGUGAAAGAGUGAAGUUCUGGGGCGAUAAAGUAUAUGGCAUUCACAGUAGCUGUGUCCAAAUGGACAAACUCCGGAAACAAGAUCCGAGCUACUUUGCCAAUGUCGCACUGAAGGUCAAUCUUAAGCUUGGGGGUACAAAUCAGUGCAUCUCUCCUGGCGACCUUGGCUUUUUGAGGCAUGGGAAAACAAUGCUUGUGGGUAUCGACGUAACACAUCCAGCGCCUGGCUCCAUGAAAGGCACUCCAAGUAUCGCCGGAGUGGUCGCCAGCAUCGACGCAACUUUCGGCCAAUGGCCGGGAAACAUAUGCUGUCAGGAAAGCAAGAAAGAGAUGGUCUCGAGCCUCGACGUCAUGAUGGAGGAGCGGUUGGAAUACUGGGUCUCGAAGAACCCAGGGCAACUGCUGGAAAAUAUCGUCGUUUACCGUGAUGGAGUAUCAGAGGGUCAGUAUAUGACUGUUCGGCGUGGUGAAAUACCAGCCAUUCGUAAUGCUUGUGCGAAGGUCUUCAAAGAUGCCGCACAACCCAAGAUUACCUUUCUCGUCGUGGGGAAAAAUCAUCACACGCGGUUCUAUCCUACGAACAAGAAACAGGCGGACCAGAAGCACAACUGUAAUAUCCAAAAUGGUACCGUGGUCGACAGAGGCAUUACGAUGCAGAAAGGCUGGGAUUUCUAUAUGGCCGCCCAUGCAGCUUUACAGGGCACAACAAAACCAGCCCAUUAUGUCGUCCUGCUCGAUGAGAUCAAAGACACUAACAAGCUCAGCGCCAACCAUUUGGAGAAGAUCACCCACAAUCUUAGCUAUCUCCAGGGCCGAGCGACAAAAGCCGUCUCGGUCUGCCCUCCAGCGUACUACGCACAUCUGAUUUGUCUGCGUGCGCGCUGCUAUCUCGCAGACUUCAUCAGUCGCAACGCUGGGAAGGAGUUCGACUGGAACCACGCUCCGUGGCGCUCAGGGGUUCAUGAGAGUCUCAAGGAUUCCAUGUUCUACAUCUAA